GUCUGUAAUCCUGUGUCAUGUUUUAAUAUGGACUAAGCCUUCUUCCCAAGCUAAUUUCUUUCGAGUGGUUAAUACAUACACUUAACAUUGAGCUUCACGGCUUCACAGCCCUAUUUUUGUUUCCCGAUUACAGCCACUAGAGGGAGGCAGUCAAAUAGCUGAGCUGAUAUUCCUUCCUAAAUCCACUUAACCCUCCAGCAUGCAGUCUCAGACUAGGAAAAUUGCAGAGAAAAAUCAGCACUCGGGAACGUUUUCGCCUGGCCAGCAGAAAGUAAUGCUUACAGGUAUCAGUCAUUGCGUCCUCAGAAAACCGAAGCAGAAUGGAAUGGUUCUUUCUGUAGUGAUGACAGGCUGUGCUUCUGGGGUGUUUUAGCACUGUUGAAUGACUCAGCCGUUAGCACUGGGGGAGCCCGCUGGCUUAAUAGUAGGUCUUGAAUAGCAUCAACUUGACUACCAACUUCAUUAAACCAUUUCUAACUUCACAAUACAGCUUGUUAAAGGACACUGAACAGCAGUAGAGGUAUGACAGCACACAGUACUCAGAUGUCUGCAGCCACGGAUGUAAAAGGGCAUUGUAGCCUGAGCAAACACAGGUAUUGCAGGACUGGGUUGUAUUCCUUGUUAUAAUGAGAACCCAGGAAAAAGUCCACAGGUGUUAUCGUGCAUAAAGACCCGCAUUCCUGACUCGCUGCCAUUUACAGUGUUGCUUCCUUUUCUUUUUUAACGAAUGUUACGCUUUUCUGGAAAUAAACCCUUUAGUUUUCAUUGUGCGACUGGUUUUUGGGCACGCCGCCUGCCUCACCAGCUUCCUCACUUAAAGCAAACAACAGGAGGCGAGAAGAAAAGAAGGAAAAAAGAAGAACUUGCGGCGGCCAAGCCCAAGGAAGGGCACCUAUAUCAGCACGGCCCGCGGGCUCGGCGGGCCCGGCAGCUGCGGCCUGUGGCGGCGGUGGUGAGCUGCCCGCCCGCCGCCGGAACUCCGGGAGGCGCCGCUCCGCCCCGCGGCACGCCGGGAAGCGCGGCGCCAAGGUCAGAGCGGGCCGCUGGCCAACGGCCCCCACCGUGCAGCGGCCGGCAGAGGGGCACCGCAGAUGGAGUACGACUGGGCAGCGUCCCGUCCCUCGCUGCCGGCCUCCUCUUUGGUGGCCUGGCAGGGCUGGGUGCCUACAACCAGUCCAAAGACCCGAAGAACGUGUGGCUUUCUCUUGUGGCAUCUGGAACCUUAUCUGCUGUCAUGGGGAUGAGAUUUUACAACUCCAGAAAAGCAAUGCCUGGGCUCAUUGCCGGUGCCAGUUUACUGAUGGUUGGACGACUCGGGUUGCAGAUGAUGGAAAAGCCACUUGAGCCAUAAGUGAACAUCGCACCACUUGAAGAGACGUGAUCAAGAAGCCUGAAAAUGCCCCUGCCUGAAUGCACUAUAUAAAAAAAGUAACAGACGCGGCUGUCUGUGCACUGUUCUUCAUAUCCUUAUACGUAUGAGUUAUGUCUUCAAAUGAGAGAAAUUGAGAGCCCUUGUUAGGCUCUUCCAAAGUGGUAUUUAUCUCAACAGCUUUACUGUGAAGCAGGAAAACGAGUGUAGGAUUAGUUCAGCUUCUGGUCCUGCAGUUUACUGUAUGCAAAAGCCUCUUGGCCCUUGUGGGCAGACAGUUGCAGCAGUGAGGCUUAAAUAUACAUCUGGACUUGUCCUUCUAAAACCAAUUAGAUUGCUGAAACAAUGGGACACAAGUUGGACGAGAUGAUCUCGGAGGCCUUUUCCAAUGUAAGUGAUCCAAAAUUGCCAAUUUGUCAUGAGUAUUUCCUAUAACAUAUGACCUUUUUGUCACCUUCCCACUUCCCUGCCACCUUAUCUGGUCAUCAUGUUUGUCAAUCAGGGACUUUAUUAUGCCAGCACUAUGGUAGAACGUUGGCUUAAAAACACAAUCAUGGAGCAGGGGGUUGAGUUUCUACUGUAAUGCAAUGGAAGGAAACCUGUUACUUGAAAUAAUUUAUAAGAAGUGCCCAACUAAAUGUAAUUAAUUGGACUUCUAGAGACUAUCCUUUGUAAGAGGAAUCAAAAAUAUGCUUCACUGGUAAUGCUGAAUUGCAGUCAUAGCACUUGCAUUUAAUGAGAAUUAAAAUGUUACUUGAAAUAAACCAGCCAAGAUGUUAUUAUUACA